AUGAAAGAUACUCAACAAUGCAGUGGCAAGUUGCAGAAUCCCAUUGAAGUCGAUGAGCUAAGAUCAGAACCUAAAGAGUUUCCAGAGCUGCACUAUUUCAACAUUGAUAUAACUCCCGAACGUGUUCACAUAUCGAACAAUGGUCACUCUGUGGUGGUCAGAAUGAACUUUGAGAUGGGCAGAGAACCACGCAUGAGAGGCGGUCCAUUGGAACGCAAUUCAUCCUAUCAAUUUGAACAGAUGCAAUUUCAAUGGGGAGCCAAUGGAACAGUUGGCAGUGAGCAUGAGUUUCCUAUUGAAUUGCACUUGGUUUUUAGGAGCAUCGAUUUUAAGGAUUAUAAAACAGCUUUAGGCUAUGAUCAUGGCAUUGCAGUAAUGGGAUUCUAUUUUAGGGUUUCUGAAAUGGAUCAUACUUAUCUUGAAGAAUUUAUGCAGAAAUUGUCGACGAUUAGUCGCAAAGGAAUGUCAGCCGACUUGGAGAAACCUGUGUCCUUAAGAAAAAUCCUUCCAUGGAAUCUACUCAAUUAUUAUUGCUACACUGGCUCUUUGACAAUGUCGCCGUGUGCUGAGAAAGUCAUCUGGAUAGAUUAUUGGGAUCCCAUAUCUAUAUCACAGAGACAACUGAAUCAAUUUCGUGAGCUAACUGUACAUGAUGAUCAUUUGAAGAAUAAUAAUCCUACAACUUGGCGAAUCAACGAUCGCAUCAUCUACGCGAAUUCACCCCCAAUGCCAGAAUUCAUGAAAGGCCCCCAGACUAAUCCCGUUACAAGUGCCCCAAGCAGCAGCUCAUGCAAUGUGUCUAAGGGACUGGUUUUUCUUUUAGUGAGCUUUGCUCACUUGCUGAAAAUAUAA